AUGUGGAAGUAGAGGAAUAAGAGGCCCUUCCUUAAACUACUGAAAAGCAACCGUCCUGAACUUCCGACACGGAAGUUUACCGCUUGCAGACAAUACUGAGACCCUUCUGUCUUUAUGUUAAGCUCCUGUUUACCCUUACAUGUCAUUACAUUAUAGUUAAAGGGUAACAAACAGAUUGUGGCAACGCUCUGGUCUGGCUCAGACACAAAGAGAAACCCUAUGAAUGAAGCUGCAGUACCGUCAAUGUCCCUUUCAAAGUUCUUCCCUAUUUCUCUGGAGAUCCUGGAGGAGAUCUUCCUGAAUCUUCCUCCUGGUGAGUUGGUUCGUGUCUGCCGGGUAGUGUGCCAUCAGUGGAAAGAAGUGGUUGAUGGUAAGUCCCUGUGGAAAGAGAGAUGUAGAAGAGAAGGAUAUCACCUCAGUGAUACUUCCAAAGAUCCUGAAGACUGGAGGUUGUUUUGCUUCUUGUGCAAGCAGAGAAGAAAUCUUCUCAAGAAUCCUAGAGGAGAAGAGGAACUCAGCGGCUGGCUGAUUUUGAAUAAUGAUUAUAGAUGUUUUCGAUAUGGUGGUAGAUUUGGUGGUUUGGAUGGAUUUGGUGGUAAUAGAUGGGCAGUGCACGGGAUCAGAGAGCCUCAUCCAGAUGAGACAGUCCAAAAAAACUUUGUGACCUCUUACACCAUGGCGAAGAAGUCACAGCUGAUUGAUUUGGAGAAGGAAGGUUACAGCCCGUCGUUCAUGGAUCACUUCCAGCCAGAUAUCCGAAUAUCUGAUUGGUAUGCACCAAGAUGCGACUGCGGCUGUAUAUAUGAGAUCCGUGUAGAGCUUUUGAAUGAAAAAAAGAGGCCUAUUCAGACAUUUGCUCCGGAGAUUGUUGAGUUUAAGUAUGGGAGUGACGAGCGAUGGAAUGAGAUGGCCCAUGUAUUCAAGAACUACUGACCAGGAGUGAGGUACGUAAUUUUCACCCACGGAGGCAGGGACACACAGUUCUGGGCAGGAUGGUAUGGGAUUCGCCUCACCGAAAGCUGCGUUGCGAUAUGUCCAGCAGCGAACCAAUAGCUCUUUGGGAUGCAUCUACUUCCUGCUUCCUGCUUUUGCUUGAAAUUGCACCUCUUAUUUGCCUUAUAUAAUCUUCUGUUAUGUAAUGUAUUACAUAACAGUGUUUAACAGUGUUUCUCUCACUGCUAAACUAUGAAUAUGUGCAGUCUUUAUGAAAUGUUACAUUCAACAGCCACAGUUUGAGAAAAUGUACAAGGACAGUAGCAGAGCACAUCCCCUCAUUGUUAAGAGGAUCUUAAUCCUCACUAAAAGUGCCUCAUAGAAAUAUUUUUGACAUUCCUCUCAACAUAAGCAGUUCAACUUCAUUCAAUACUUUGGUUAUUUACCCUUUAGUGAUGUUCCCUGACCACUGUCAUAAAAUGGGUUUUCACAGUAUAAUGUGGAGUGAUAAUAUUA